CUCAAGCUCGAGAUGCGCACCCCCGCUAUUGGCCCUAGCUUGGAACCCCUCCGCGGACCUCUGAGGACCGACAUCCCCUUGCCAGGAGGAGGAGGAGGAGGAGGAGGAGGAGGAGACUGCACACGGCUUGGUGUAUGGCCACAAGGUUGUAGUUGUUGCACCGAUCCAGGGACACACAUGCAGCUUGCAGAAGCAUUGGUUUGGUGCCUGAACCCCUGGCGUACAUCAGUGCCCAGAACCAGGAUCGAAGAGGAUUGGGAUAGGAAGCCUCUCUGUACCUGUUUCGGCUCGGAUGGAUGAGAAGCGCAGCGCUGAGAACCUUGAUUCCUUCGCUGUCUCCACCAGACUCCAGAUCCUGCUUCCGGUAACAAACAUCUAAAACGUUCUACUAGUUUAUCUGACUCGAACAUCUGAUCAUCUUGCUUCUGAGGAUGGUGAGAUCAGCCUUCCUGUUGACCCACGCAGGCCGCAGUAUGUUCGGCAGAAACGCCCUCUUUACUUUCGCGGUCCUACAUACAUUGGUGCUCUCUACGACUGCUCUUGCGCCACAGAUCAGUAACAACCAAGGCGACAACGCAGCCACUGCUCCACCUGCCUCCGACCAGCACGGCAAGGACCCAGCCGCUGGAAUACAUGUCAUCAGCCUCGAGCGGGACGCGACGCCCUUGCGUGUCAAAGGUUCCGUUGUAGCUUUUCGGAUCGCGUACACGGGGAUCAUCCGCGUCGGCUCUCCAGCCCAGGACUGGGCCCGGGAGUCCGUGAGCCGAAGUAGUGGCGGAUUUCAUCCAAGACUUCAGAAGGAACCAGAAGCCUUUGCUACUGGUCCCUUUGAGUUCCUGGUAGUAGUCGGGUGCGUGACUCCUUGCUCAGAUGCCCUGUUCCACGAAACGGUGAUUUUAAGCGGUUUUAGGCUGGGGGCUUUCAGUUUCCACUGGGCUCGACAAUGACUUGAUAUGGUCGCAAGCACACAACUUGCGGCUCACGUGAGGUCAGUAUUGGCCAGUGGACCAAGACAUCCCCCGACCGCGCCCACCAGAGCGCACUCGCUAAUCAUCACAGGGCCCUUGAGCAGAGCAACGGAUUCCUGAGCCAAUCAGGAGUUCAAGGUGAUUUUCGAUUCCGGAUCGGGCCAAGUUGUGCUGCCUUCCAACAGGUGCGAGGGCCCCAUUUGCCGCAGGCUCCGGCGCUACACGAUGAGCUCCUCCACUGGGGCAUUCCACGUGGAGCUCUCUGGGCAGCCCACGCCAGAGGACGGCCGACCGGACAACGUAGAAAUAUCUUUCGGCGUCGGCCACGUCAAAGGCGAGCUCGUCCGUGACAAGUUCUGCUUGGGCGAGGCCGUCCAAGGAGGCGUCUACCCUGAGCUCCAGAGCCCCGACACCUGUGUCCGUGUCAAUGGUGUGAUGGCGACCACGUUGUCCCAGGCGCCAUUCGGCUUGUUCAAUUUCGAUGGCAUCGUAGGCUUGGGCUUGCCAGAGCUGUCGCUUAGCGAGGACUGCAGCUUCUUCGGAUCGCUCUUCAAGAGCGGGGUCCUGAGAGCGCGGCAGUUCGGCGUGUACUUGGCAGAGGGUGGCGAAGGCAGCGAGAUAGCCUUCGGCGGUCCCAACCCGGAGAAGCUUGCCUCACCCGUGAUGUGGACUUCCGUCGUCAUGCCUGGCCACGGACAUUGGCAGGUGGAGAUCGUGGCCUUCCACGUCGGCGAUUACACCCUCGAUGUCUGCAGGAGCGGGGGCUGCCGGGGCGUCCUCGACACGGGCACCUCGCACAUCGCGAUCCCUUCGCCGCACGAGGUCGACGUCGAGUCCAUGUUGAGGAGAGACAGCGACGGAAUCGAAGACUGCCGCUACAUCGAGAACCCGCCCGUGGUCAUCGAGCUCCGGGGCAUCAAUCUGACGAUCUACCCAGAGGGCACGACGCCGCUGGCGCGCCGCAUCGCCCGCCUGGGCGACGUCGCUGGGACCCGACGACGCUCCACUCAGUGCCUACAGCGUGGUGGCGGAUCUGUUGCACGGAAUUCGCUUAUAGGUACCCGAACCACUUCAAACGACGGGGAUUUGGGACCUUCGCAUUGCCUCUUUAAGGCCAAGCAAAUCUCCAGAAGCGCUCCAGGAGAGCCCCAAGACGGCCCAAGAGGCUCCCCGCUCGCCCCAAGAGCGCACCGCUGCCCGCGUUGUUAUUCGGCUGCCGUUUCACGGAGCCCAGAGUGGCCAGCUUCAAUUCUCUGCUCUCCGACAGGCAGUUCUUUAGGCUAGGAGUGUCCGCUGGGGCGUUGGAGCCAGUGAGCCAACAGGCCGCACUGAGUCCGUCAGUAGUAGCAGCAGCAGUAGCAGGACAAGCCCCGGCACAAUGCAUCCCGAGCCCGUAUGUAUACACGCGGUUUGCCCCGAGCCUGUAUGUAUACACAUUUCGCUUCCCUCUGUAAAAUUGGAGGUGUGGCCAGCACUCGCAGAUGUAUCCAUGAGAGCAGCAGCCGCAGCAUGCGUAACAGUUUGUAGGUAAUGAUGCGCACCCUCCCUUUGCAUUCGCCCCUCUCGCCCCGUGUUCUUAUUCUAGCUGUAGCGGGAGCAGUUUGCAAAAAGAGGUGAGGUAGGCAUGGUAUCUUAUUUGGGGAUUCGCCUCUGGGUACGCUCCACUUGACACCUCAUGGCUGCAG